AUGAGCAGCAGAUCUAGAGAUACCGGUCGACACUAUGCUUCUGGAAGUGCUAAGCGUAAAGCAAAAGACGAAAAGGAAAAAAAGAACGAAGCUGUUUUCUCAAAAACACGUAAGCUGUUCGACUUUUUUAAUGUUCAGAGUGAUGUUGCUGAAUCUACUGAAAAUAAAGCAAAACAUACAGAAGUUGCAUCUCAUUGUACAUAUAAUAGUGGUACUACUACUGUUUCUAAUGAAACUACAUUUUCUACAAGUGAUGCUGUAGCUGAAGAGACAGCAAUUCCUUCUAAUUUAGUUAUAUCAUGCUCUAGCCAAAGAGAAGUUAAAAGCACAGCCAGUACUCUUGAUCCAGAGCCGUCAUGUUCAAGCCAAAAAGCAGUCGAUGGUAUAUUAUUGCAUGAUUUCACUACAGUUUCAAGUCUAAAACAAAACGAAAGUAAAAUAUACUCCAACGAUAUUGGUGAAUGGCCGAGCAACUUCGAUAGAGAUUAUUGGAUUGCAAAAGGAAGCAGCGAACUGCAACAUAUGGAUAGCGAUUUUUUGUCUUCAAAGAAAAUUUACGAAAAAGAAAAUAAGCCACGAUUCUGCCAAAAGUCCUUUUUCAGCUAUAAACAUAAACUAACGAAUAAAACUCAUGUCAGAGACUGGUUGUGUUAUUCGGAAACCAAAGGACGACUUUUCUGUUUUGUUUGCAAAGUUACGAAUUCAGAUACUUCGUCACCACGGUUUACGAAAGAUGGAUUAGAUGACUGGAAGAAUGCGCACAAUUUGUUGACAAGACAUGAAGAAAGCACUCCACAUAGACAAGCCAUAAUUUCGCUGUCGUCUGAUCAAGACCUUAACACAGGAUACGCCCUUUAUGAAACAGUAUAUGCCUACGUACAAGCAAUGCGAUCUACAUUUUCAGAUGUUGAGGCAAAAGCCAAAGAUCUGACCGACUGUGAAGAGUAUCAGCAACAGACUUCAAGACGAAGCAAGCGGAAUACAAAGUACGACCAUUUCACCGGCUCUACUACACUCGACAACUUUGUUGAAAAUCAAACACCUGGACAACGUUUUGAAAUUCAGGUGUUUAUUGUCAUUAUUGAUAACGUACUGUCUGCUUUAACUAAACGUAUGGAAGCAUAUCAUGAAAUUACUGGUGUUUUUGGAAUAUUUCGACAGCUAAAAUCCCUUACAACAGAAGAGAUUUUGGAAAACGCCUCACGUAUGGUCAGUGCUUACGAAGAUGAUUUGGAAAGUAGCCUAGGCGACGAAUUAGUGCAGUUCGCUGAACUGCUGAAAACAGAUGUGGCUACUGUUAUUGAUAGCAAGAAACAAGAGUCUCUGGAACUGCAAUUUUAUAAACUUUUAUUAAAUAAUUCCUUAGAAUCGUGUUUCCCAAACGUAGAAAUUGCCUUGCGCAUUUACUUGUCUCUCAUGAUCACUAACUGCAGUGGCGAACGUUCUUUUUCAACGUUAAAACGUAUUAAAAACGAGUUAAGAAACACGAUGGGCCAAGAACGUCUUAAUCACCUUACUUUGAUGAAUAUAGAGUAUAAUUUGCUUAAAGAAGUCGAUAGUGAAAGUGUUAUCUCUAAAUUUGCCCAUAUUAAAUGCAGAAAAGUUUAUUUGUAA